CGAAAAAAAAAGGCGGAACUUGUUUUUUCCACCCAGUAUGCGAUCAUCAUGAGCGCUAUGGACACCAGUGAUGAAGAUCUUCGUAUGCCACCUUCGGUUGUAUCCACAGCACAAACAAACUCCAGUCUAAGCAUUUCAGUCCAUCCUUUGGUCUUGCUCAAUAUUUCCGAUCAUUAUACACGUACCAAGCUUCAGAAUCCAGAUGCAGUACAAAAAGGCCAUGUCCAUGGAGCUCUUUUGGCGAAACAGUCCGGACGCGAGAUUGACAUUAUCAAUUCCUUCGAGUUACCACCAGUGAUACAGGAAGGAAUUGACGUGCUCACAGUGGACAAGGCUUACCUGGCCAACAAGCAGGAACAGAUGAGACAAGUCUUCCCCAAUCUAGACUUUAUGGGAUGGUAUUCACUGGGAGCUUUCCCCACAGAAAAAGAUUUAAAGGUCCAUGAACAGUUUUUGCAAGUGAACGAGUCAGCUCUAUUCCUGCAAAUGGAUCCCGUUAGUUUAGCGGCCGGAUCCAAAGAAUUUCCAGUGGUUAUUUACGAAUCCAUCAUGGAUUUGGACGAUGAGACUCCCCGUCUCAUGUUUGUUAAAUCGGCAUACAAAGUAGAAACCGAAGAAGCCGAACGAAUUGCAGUCGAUCACGUCGCGAAACCCAGUACAUCCAGUGCCGAAUCGGGCGUGGGGAAUGCAUUAAUUGCUCAUCUGACCACCCAACGGAAUGCCGUGGCCAUGCUUCACAGCCGUCUUCAAGUACUCCAACAAUACCUCCAAGAUGUAAAAGCAGGCGUUAUCCCUACCAAUCAUGAUAUCGUGCGUCAAAUUGCAAGUUUAUGCCGAAGAUCGCCCGUUGUGGAUACCAAAGCAUUUGAUGAACAAUUUUCUACGGAAUUUAACGACGUAUUACUGGUUGGAUACCUGGGCACAAUCACCAAAGGUCUGAAUGCGAUCAACGAUCUCAUUGAUAAAUUCAAUCUUCUCUAUGGUGCAACAGGCGCAUCGGCCGGCCGCACCGUCACACCUAUCAAAAAAGGAAGGCGCAUGGCAUUUGAAGAACCGACUCAGUAGAUAAUGACGAUUUGAAUCUAUCUCGAAAAAGAAACCGGCAAACAAUCACUAAAAAAGGGAAAUCUGGGAAGGAAGGUGCUUU